AGAUUUUGAAAUUUGUAGAGAAAAUCCAAUAACCGGAAGGUAUUGUAAAGAGCAAGUCAGAGUCAAAGACCCACUAGCGGCAGUUGGAAUAAUGAACAACAAAUUCAAAGGGAAUACCUGGUCUGGUCAACUCCAUGACAUAAGGAAAUUAAAACCCUGACCAGGCACCACCUGCAUUUUUCACGUUUAAGACCUUAUUUAUACGUGAAAAAAUAAUUUCAUAUCUGUGUCUGUGGGUGUCGGUUAGUUGUUCUUUUUCUUUUCACUUCCAUGCUUGUAUCGUCUCCCUUAUUGUCCCUGCCUUCCUUGUCUGCAAUUUAAGUUUAAGCACAAGCUUCGUCGCCUUCCACAGCCCAAAAAAAAAGGUCAUCUCUCUCUCUCUCUCUGUGUGUGGAUCUGUUUGGCAAUUGGCAUAUCUUUGAUUGUGACUUUUUCUUUUCAAAAGUUUCAGCUACUGUAUAAUUAAAAAAAAAUGGGGGAGUUGUUGGGACUGCUAAAAGUGGUAGUUGUGCAAGGUAAAAGGUUAGUUAUCCGGGAUUUCAAGAGCAGUGAUCCUUAUGUUGUAGUCAAGCUCGAUGAUCAGAUGGCAAAGACUAAGGUUAUCAACAGUUGCCUCAAUCCAGUAUGGAAUGAAGAGCUCACUUUCUCCCUCACUGAUCCUGUUGGAGUUCUACAUUUGGAAGUAUUUGACAAAGACCGUUUCAAGGCUGAUGACAAGAUGGGAAAUGCUUAUCUAAAGCUUCAGCCACUGGUCUCUGCAGCUAGAUUGAGCCAUGUUGUCCGAGUUUCUUCGGGUGAGAUGAAAUUGAGGAAGGUUGUACCUGACAGUGAUAAUUGUCUUGUUAGAGAGAGCUGUAUUAGUUGUAUAAAUGGUGAAGUAGUUCAGAGUGUUUGGUUAAGGCUUUGCGCUGUUGAGUCUGGAGAGAUAGAACUAAAGGUUAGUCUAGUUUCCAGUGUAGAUUAGUAGUACCAGCUUUGUAUUAGAUAAUAAGAUCAUAAAACAUAGGUGGUUUGAAACUAUUUCUGCUGGAAUGGAAGGCCGUUUUUAUAAAUACUUGAUUAUAUUUUUAGCCAAAAUUGGAGUUCAGUAUAUCCUUUCUGAAUGUAAUUUGUAGAAUAAGCGUUUCAGCAAUUGGUUUUAAUAAAAUGGAGAGAAGAGGGUCAAAUGUAAUGUUUUCAAUGGUAAAGGAGUAGUACUACUAAAACUGACAAAAAAGGAAAUUAAAUGAAUGAUUCAAGGAUUCAUCAAAAUUAAUCGUAAAGUAACACUAAAUAUCAUUAUCAGCAAUGUUUCCUAAUCUUUGAUUAUUUCCUUAAGGUCCAUUAAAAUGCCUCGUUGGAUUAUAUCUAAUUGCUUGCUUUUAAUGUGAUAAUUAAUGUGAUGUCAGGGUUCAAGGAAAAUGGUUAUUUGCUGUUCAAAUGUUGCAUGUGUUAUUGUGGGUGGCAUUUAAUUUCAGGUUGGAAGGAUCAGAAGCUGGUAUAGGUUUGGUUGUAUUUAAAGAAGAUGUGUGAGACAAGACAACCGAUUAAUUUAAUUAAGUCGUUCAAAGGUCAUGUGCUCAAUCCUGCUGAUUUGGAGGUUAUGUAAAAGACUAAUUAAUGUUGUUGAUAUUACUGUUCAUGUUUUCGAAUGUUGUUGGAACAGAGAUGAAGUGAUGUAAUUCCUAAAGAAUUAAUACUUCAUAUAAAAUAUAUUAGUAUCUCAAAUUAAUUAGGGAAGAAAUGAGAGCUGCCCAUAUUUGUGAGGCCGGACAACAACUUUCAUUUCAAGGAUCAACAACAACUUUCAAUCAAUAAUAUAUACCAAUAAAAACAAACUGUGGAUUGUAUUUUUGAGGCCGAAGUCUGAGGUUAACAUUUAAUACCUUAAUUUGGUUUUUAAGUUUUAACCGUUCAAAACAUUGGGAAUUCCAAAAUAAUAGACCAAACUGCGCCUCUCAUUUUGGGACUGUUUUCUUUUGUUGUCACCAAACCCCCAGCGUCGUCACCUUCAAGUUCAAGGCUUCCGUUUUCUUUUCCAACAAACAUCAUUUUCGUCUUCAGGGUUGUAUGUUCCCACAUCAGGUUUCCUUUGC